CGCGCGCGCGUGUGUGUGUGUGUGUGUGUGUCUCGCGACCCUCGAGUCCCCGCGCGCGCGAUGUGAUUGUGCACACUGGGGUUGACUGGCUGACUGGCUGUGCUGUGCUGUGCUGUGCUGAGGCGUGCAGGAUGCGAACGGGGAUUUAGUCUCGCUGCCUUUUCCAGACUAUUCCAAAUUAUUAUUGCCGUCACCGAAACGAGACCUAAGGCCCCACUUUUCUGACUGGAAUAGGAUGCAGAAGUUCUUCCUCUUUUUUGGUGGAAUACUAUCCAACACAUCUAGACAUUGAUGAACUGUGUUUCUUCAACAAUUCGAAAAAAGACAGGAUAGCACCUACGAGAAGAAUAUCAAAGAUUAGUUCUUUGAAAUGGCGGCAACAGAAGCCAACGCAGAGCCAGUCCAAGUGGAAUCCACUGAGACCAAAGCUGAUGAGGAGCCUGCAAAUGCAGAGUCAGCCCCUGCUCCACCGGAGGAGACACAACCUACCACUGAGGAACCACAGAGCACAGAGCAAUCAGCAGAUAAAGUUAAACCAGCCCCAGAAAAAAUCUGGGACUCUUUUCUGAAUAAAAGUGGACUUGGAAAAGUAAUGGGUGGGAAGAAGAAAAAAGAACACGGUACAGUAGCUGAAGAUGCUGUUGCUGAGGAGACUGAUAAGGCUUCAGUUACAAACGAGAAUAAUCAGGAGUCUGCAGAGCCUAAAGACCAGGAAUCUAGUGAACCAGCAAAAGCAGAUGAAGCAGAGACUGCUGGCCAAGGUACUGAUAAAGUACCAGAAAAUGAAGAGGCCAGCCAAGAGCAGAAGACACCUGGUGCCAAGCCAAAGCAGGGUGAAAAGUCCAGUGUACGUGAUUUUAUUCGCAAGCCUGUUGCCAUGAUUUUCUCCCACAAAAGCACAGAGAAAAAAGAAAGCUCAGGGGAGGCAUCAAAACACGGAAAGGUUCGGUCUAGAUCUCUUGAUAGAAUGGAAGAUGCUGAUGCCAGCAUGGUUGUGGUGGAACAAAAUGAGGACGCACAAGCACCAGAAGAGACAGAAAAGUCAACAUCCCAGACUGCAAAACCCAUAAAGCGCUGGCACUCCUUUAAGAAACUUAUGGGACAGAAGAGUCACAAGAAAAGUACUGAAGAAGUCAAGGAAGUGGAAGGAGCAGAGGGUGGUAGCACUGAUGCACCAGGACGCACUGGCACACUGGACUCAACAAAAUCAGAGCAUAGUGGGCAAAAAAAGUGGAAAUUAAAACGGUCGUGGACUUUUCAAGGUCUGAAAAGAGAUCCAUCCUUUGCUGAAAUCCACAAACCAAAGGAUAAAGACUCUUCAGAUAGUGUCAAAGAUAAAAAUGCCACAGAGGCAGACCAAGGGGCAACACAAGUGUCAGAAGAGUCAAAGGUGAUAGGUGAAGAAGAAACCCAAGAAGAGAAGCCCAAUGCUGAAGGGGAAGAAGAGAAAGAGGCAACUGCUACCCCACCACGUUCAAAAUCUGUGGAUCAGCAUGCAACUGAGAUCUGGACUUCAUUCAAAAAACGUGUAAUUCCCAAAUCAAAGAAAGCAGCAGAUGCUUGUGGGGGAGAGGAGGAACCAACAGGUGAACAAGAACAGACUGAAGAUCCACAGGCGGGUAAAGACUCAGCAAAGACUGGCAAGUCAAAACGGACACAUUUUAACCGUGCUGUUUCGCUUAAGAACUUCAUAUUGCGCAAGGGAAAGAGUGCUAGCAUGGAUGUAGGAGAGAGCAUAGCAGUACAGAAAGAAAGCGAAGAGGAAACUAAAGACAUCGAUGGCUCUCCAGACACAAGUGGGACAACUGAACCACAAGGUGAGUCAGAAAACCAAGCUGCCGCACAAACUGAGAGCAGUAACGGAGCUCAGGUGGCAGACGAGCACAAGAGUUCAGACGAAGAGGAGAAAUCCCUCCCGAACAGACCAUCUGGUCAGCAGUCAGACACACCUACCGUAUCAUCAGAGGGAGGAGACCAGACAGAGCCAACCGUAGAACCCAAAACCAACGGAGAGAAUGGAUGUUCAAAUACUGCCACAGAAGACACCACAGCAAACAGUCAUGACCCUCCUACCCAAAACGAUGUUGAAAAGCAAGAAGAGACCAACCAGGAGAACGGCAACUCUAGUGACAAAACGUGUUCGAAAGACGGGAAGAUUCUGAAUCAGGACGAGAUGUGCGGCACCGAAAAUGCAGUUGCCCAAAGCGAAAAAAAGGCGGGAAACGCGUGAGGCCAAACAAAGAGGAUUAAAUCUCCAUGGGAGUCGUUCAGCGAGGAGCUUUGUCUGCCCCCCGCCCCCCCCAAAAAAAAGAAGUAAUCACAUGUUUACGUCGCGAUUCACCAUGGUGAGAAAAAGCAAUCCAUCUAGCUUAAAAAAAACCCGAAAAGCAAUAAUUAAGUAAUCAAUCAGCACAUCCCAUUACUGUCAAUGUUUGCCUGUUUAGUAAGAUUUUAUAUUGUUAAAAAUACAUUCCUUUGAAUUAAUCUCAGCGAUCACAUGUGGUCACAAAGACUGUUAGUUUUAUAUUAAUUGUCAUUUUAUCUGUUUGUAGUUUCCCCUUCACUAGAGAUAUAAUACACGUUUGAGAUAACUCCAGACUGCCCCGAUUGUGAAUCCAAUACAGAAUGUGCUCUAAUCUCUGUGCUUGUUUUUAGACUGUUGUGUACACGAAUAAACUCAUAAAAUCA